AUGGAAAAGAUCUACGAGAAUGCCAAGACUGCAGUGUUUUGGGAUAUCGGGAGUUGUGAUGUCCCUGAUGGUGUCGAUGUUGAUUCGAUUACGUCGAAUAUAAGAUCAGCGCUUUCGAAUAUGAAGUAUUUUGGUCCGAUCUCAUUUUUCGCCUAUGGCGAUACGACUGUUAUGAAGGAGGAAAUUGUUGACGAGAUUAGUCGCACCAUAUUCUUGCUCCAGCAAGUUAAGGGCGAAGGAGAUAGAUUCCACGCUUUUGGGGCUAUUGCAAUGGCCAUGUUUUUCUGGGCAAAACACAAUCCUGGACCUGCAAAUUUUCUCCUAAUCUCCGGAAACAAAGACUUCUCCUAUGCUCUUACGCAAUUCAGAAAGAGUGGGUGCAAUGUUCUCUUAGGACACCCUAAGAGAGAAGCAUCAGGGCCGUUAACAAGAAAGGCAAGCGCAGUAUGGCAUUCGGAAACCCUAUUAGCUGGAGGAAGCCCUCUCCCCUUUUCCCCCAAGUGGAAAACUUCUCACAAAUUAAAGACGUUUGAGUAUAAAUAUUCGGAUACAAGCGCUGCUUCUUCUUUUUCUUCUCCCAAGAGACCCUAG